CGAACAUUAAGAUGUUAACAUUUAUUUAAAUUUAUUCAUAUUUAUUUAACUUUAUGUCAUGUAUGUGCUGUUAUUGGGUGCAAAAUGCAACCAGAAAUAAAAAAAAACCCAAUAAUUUAUUAUUAAUAUGCUUAUAAAUAAUGAUAUUUCCCAACUAUGCAUCCCUAUAUGAAGAUAAAAUCAUUUUUAUGCUUGAAUAAGUCUAAACUAUACCCAUAUAUGCCUUAAAUAAGCUCCCUUCAGCAAAAAUCAAACCUAAAGCCAGUGGAAUUAAAUAAUUAUUUAAAAAAACUUGCAUCUACUCUAUACAAAGUAAAAGUACAACAACAAAAUAUAAGUUUAACCCUCAUUUUCAUACAUCUGACACAAUUACUGUUGGGUGAUGAGUUCUCAUCUGGUUGUGUAAGGUGUCUGUUAACCCAAAUUUAAAAGAGAUAUUUUUCUAACAAAUAUUCCCUUCUGCUUUACCUUCGCACGUCGUCUACAGAAAAGUGCAUCAAAAUUCUGCUGGGUGUUUUUUGACGGAGCAUUCCAUGUUGUUUGUAUAUUUUUCGUUGCUAAAUUCUCUGAUGAAGUUUUUGGCGGGUGUAACGAAUUACCUGGUUUCCCUGUCAUUUCCUCCUACAGCUGCUGUUAGUCACAGUUGAGGUUUAACUCAGACUCAUAAAAGUUCCGGCACAGCUUUUUGUCUGGUUUCAAUUAGCGCUGUCGAAAAGAUUAAUCGCAUUCACAGUCAAUCAAAAUUAAUCACAUUAGUUCUAUAGUUGAUCAAGAUUAUUUUUUUCUAGAGAUCAUCAAACUACAUCAACAAAAUAUUUUUCUCGUUAAGUCUCACAAGAAUACUGCAAGAAAAAUGGAAUAAUUUCGAAAACGACUCUGGACGAAGAGGAUAGAAACGGAUAGAAAGUCACUCAAAUAACAUUUCAGGAUGAUUUUUAAAACAACUUCCUUUAUUUCAGUUUGUUUUCGAGGACAUAAGUUUGAACUCUGUAUGAAAAAGUUUGGCUUCAGUUUGAAAACCUGAAACAUUGAUUUAAAAAAAAGUCACAAUUCAACAAAAAGUUUGCUUUUUUUCUGGAUAAUGAAGUAGAAUUCACACACGUUUGAACAAAUUCCCAUGAAGCGUAACCUGAUCCUCCUCCUGCCCCCCAGAUGAGCGCCUUGCUCGCCGCCCCCCGCCUGUAGUCUCCCUCUGGUGAGCGCGAUGGCGACCGCCGACGAGGUGACGGUGUCCAUGGGCGAGGUGGUGAUGCUGAAGGCCGAGGGCGAGGACGACCCCGGCGACGGCGGCGGGAAGACCCAGGUCAUCCUGCAGCUGCAGCAGAUCUCCACCGGGGACGAGUCCGCCGAGACCGACGCCGCCGUCAUGGCGGUGGAGCCCCAAGCAGCAGAGCAGACGGACGGAGACGACGUGGAGAUCCAGUGUCCAAUCACCUGCGGCGACAGUAAAGCCAUGCUGCUGCUGAAGAAGUUCGUCUGUCCGGGGAUCAACGUCAAGUGUGUCAAGUACGAAGACCAGCUCAUCAGCCCCAAGCAGUUCGUGCACAUCUCUGGAAAAGCCACGCUGAAGGACUGGAAGAGAGCCAUCCGGAUGGGGGGCGUGAUGCUCAGGAAGAUGAUGGAUUCGGGCCAGCUGGACUUCUACCAGCACAGCACGCUGUGCACCAACACGUGCCGCAGCACCAAGUUCGACCUCCUCAUCAGCAACACGCGCUGCCCUGUGGACGGCAGCGGCCUGGCCACGCCCACCUCCUCCCAGGCCCCGGUGGUUGUGGGUAACGGUGGGGUGCUGGGCGAGGACAAGGCCGAGGCCCUGAGCGCGAAGUCGGAGUGGAGCUCCGGCUCCCUGGAGGCUGCAGACAGGAAGGGCUCCAGCGAGAUCUCUGAGGACACGCUGAACUUCUGGAAGGGCAUUGCCGACGUGGGCCUGCUGGGCGAGGUGGUGACCAACAUCAACACGGAGCUGCUGCAGCUGCUGAACGGCGUGCAGCAGCGCCGGGAUCCCGCCGCGCUGCAGGACACAGAUUCCUGUCUGGUAGAGGUGGCGGUGCUCAGUAACCUCGCCCAAGUCUUCGGCCUGCUGGACUCCGUCAAGAAGAUCCUGGAGCGGCGGAAGCAGCAGACGGACCCCAGCCAGGAGCAGGUCCUCAGCACGCUCAGCAGUCUGGAGGAGCAGCUGGAGGAGCAGAGGAAGCAGCAGCAGGUCCGAGCCUUCCUGUCCUGCCCGCCGCCCGCCAAGACCAAGACCCCCGCCAAGCAGCGGCCGGCCAAGAGGCCCCGCCUGCAGAGGCCCGCCUCCGCCUCGGCCGCCGCCGGCGCCGCCACCCUGCAGCCGCAGCAGUUCACCGUCCUGUCGCCCAUCUCGCUGUCGUCGGUGGGGCAGCCGUUCACGGUGGCGGGGCUGCCCGUGGCCUCGCUGGCGCCGUCGCCCAGCACCGUCACCCUGCUGCCCGCCGGCUCGCAGCUCUUCACGCGCUACAUGGUGGCGGGCGACGGCAAGGCGGACACCUUCACGCUGCACCCGUCGUCGGGCCUGACGCUGGUGGGCACCGCCGCCGCCGCCGCCACGGUGCAGGACCCCGGCCCGCUGGGGACGGUGGUGAGCCCCGUGGAGCUGGUGCACCUGAGCCAGCAGGCCGCCGUGGACGGCGCCGUGCUGGUGCGGCGCGAGGACGGCGCCCAGGAGCACACCGUCAUCGAGAUCAACCCGGCGCCCGUGGAGCAGGCGCUGGGCGUGAUGGAGCUGCAGCUGGCGGCCGACGCCGACAGGGACGGCGUGGUGGUGGAGGGCGGCGUGGAGGUCACCAUGGAGACGGAGGAGGAGGCGGCGGCGGCGGUGGCGGCGGCGCAGUGCCACGCCGCCGACGCACAGGCCGGCGCCGUCCAGUCGCUGCAGCUGGACGCCGGCGGACAGCUGUCCAACGUGCAGAUCGUGGUGAUCGAGGAAAACUCUCAGGAAGACCACAAGGUCAAAUGAGACCGCCCCAAGGUCGCCCGGCUGUCAGAGUGUAAAUACACACCAUUCACCAACCUGACACACACUCCAGGUGUGUGUGACUGUGUGCGGUUUGGACACACUUCUCUUAACUUGUUCACCGAUAGGGAAUCAAAACAACAUUACGACAACUUCCUGGUUUUAUUGAUCGCACCCCGAUCAGGUCCGGGUGCUUCCUGCUUCACCGCGUUAAAUCUAACAACGGUGUUCAAAACUAAACCUGGAUGUUCUGGAGCCGCAAUGUGGCUCGCUGAAAGUUUUCAAAGAAGACUCUUGUCUCUUAAAAAGCUGUGGAGGUCAGAUGGGAAUGAAAUGAUAGAACGGCUUCAAAAAAACCUGAAAUGACUGGAAUUUCUAAAAGAAAAAAAUGAAAUGGGAAAACAAAUCUGCUGAGAAAGAGCCGACAUGGUUAAAACAGAAGGAGGGAAAGAGUGACACUGAUCUGCAUAACGACCUGCGGUUUCAUAACACCCCCCCCCCCACACACCCUCGCCAACCUGAGAACAAAGAUCGUUCUGCACCGAUCUGCUUAACAACCGAUUGUGUCAUAACCCCCACUCCGACCUGAGAAGGAGGGCCAGUUUGACACCGAUCUGCUCAAUGACCAGUGGUGUCGUAACACCCCCUCGCGCCAUAACAGACUGAAGCAGGAAGCAGCUCUGGCUUGUUUUGUUUUGUUUUUUUUUUUUGUUUACCAGUAAACAGUAUUUUACGUUGACCUGAGUCGGGGAUGAAUUGCACUGUUCGUGACUCUUCUUUCUUUCUUUUUUAUUUUAUUUGUUUUUGCAGCUUUUAUUUUCUCUCUCUGGCACAAACUACUGGUCAGACAUGGAGUCAGGACGUGUAAAAAAAAAAAAAGAAAGCUUAUUAAUGUAAAGUUUGGCUGUAUUUGUAAAGUAGCUUGUUAUUAUUUAUUAGUUUUCUCUCUGCGUUGGUUAAUUUAAGCCGUUUUCGGUUGGAGCUCGCAGACGCCUGUUCAACACUUGUGCUUUUCCCCAGUAAUUUAAUUUAAAGCCAUGAGGGUGUUUGCUUACUGACUUUGUAAUGUGUUUUAAUAUCAGAUUAAAAC